AUGAAGAAAGAGCUGGAGACGAAGUUUAAAGAGAUCUAUGGUGCCGCCCCUGCAUUUAUAUUUUUUUGCCCGGGUCGGGUAAAUCUCAUCGGAGAACAUAUCGACUAUAAUGGCGGCCAGGUAAUGCCCUGCGCUAUUUCAUUGGGCACUUACGUCGCUAUCAAUACAAAUGACAGCGCACUUCUGCGCUUCCGGUCACUUGAUUUCUCUGAGACGGCCGAAUUACCGCUGGAAAAAAGCUAUACUAAAAAGGGGAAAGCAUGGUUCAACUAUCCGUUGGGUGUGAUCAAUGAAUUGUUGAAAAAACAUUCCCUUGGUGGUCUUGAUAUGUUGUUUUACGGAAAUCUCCCUAUUGGAGCGGGUCUUUCUUCAUCAGCUUCAAUUGAAGUAUUGAUGACGUUUGCACUCGACACGAUUUAUAAACUUGGUGUCGGCAAAAAAGAAGCCGCACUAUUAUCUCAAAAAGUAGAGAAUACGUUUAUCGGCGUCAACUGCGGCAUUAUGGACCAGUUCGCCGUAGCCAUGGGACAGGAACACAAAGCAAUCCUUUUGAACUGCGACACGCUGGCUUACCAGUACCUGCCUUUAAAUACCGGUGAAUAUAUCCUGGCAAUCAUUAACAGCAAUAAGCAACGUACUCUCGCUGACUCCAAAUACAACGAACGGUUUAGUGAAUGCCGGGCAGCAUUAAAGGCACUGAAGCAGAAUUUGAAAAUCGAUCAUCUUUGUGAUAUCAGCGUAGAAGUUUUUGAAAACCAUCGCCACCUGAUCAAUGACGCCGUGCUGGAAAAAAGGGCUUUGCAUGUCGUGAGUGAAAAUGAACGUGUACAUAAAGCCAAAGAAGCGCUUUCCGCGAACGAUCUUAUCCAGUUUGGCCGCCUGAUGUAUGAAUCGCAUCAAUCCCUGAAAGAGCUGUACGAAGUGUCAGGAAAGGAACUUGAUACGAUCGUGGAAUUUGCAGAGAGCUUUGACGGAUGCAUUGGCGCUCGUAUGACAGGAGCGGGAUUUGGAGGCUGUGCCAUCGCCCUGGUGGCAAAAGAACGAAUGCCUGAUUUUGAAAAACAACUUAAACCGUAUUACCGCGAAAAAAUAGGGUAUGACCCUGCUGUUUUCGCUUCUGAGGUUGGGGAUGGUGUGCGGGCUUUAUAG